AGGUCCCGCACACCUGCGGGAGGAGCCGGAAGCGCAGCGCUGCGGGGCCAGCCGGGUCUCUCCGGGGCUGAGCGAGAAGCGGGAUGGAUGCGGGACCCCGCGCGCGACGCCUGGUACGCAGCGGCAUCUCGCUGGUGGUGCUGGGCCACUUGAACCUGGUGCUGGGUGCCAUCGUGCACGGCUCCGUCCUGCGCCACGUGUCGCGCCCCGCGCGCACCAUCACCUCCGAGUACGCGGUGGCCAACGUGAUCGCGGUGGUCUCGGGGCUGCUGAGCAUCGCCGCCGGCGUCGUGGCCAUCCUGGUGUCGCGGAGCCGCUCCCCACCUUGGCUGCGCUGGGUGCUGCUAGGCGCGGCCCUGGUCAACGCGCUGGUGUCGGGCGCCUGCUGCGCGGGGCUCCUGCUCGCCGUCUCGCUCACCGUGGCCAACAGAGGCCGCUUCCUGGUUGCCGGCUGCAACCACUCGGCUCUGGCGACCGACGCCCGCACCGUGAGGACCGACGAGUGUCCCUUCGACACCACCCGCAUCUUUGACACGGCCCUGGCCCUCUGGCUCCCUUCCUUGGUGAUGGCAGCAGUGGAAGCUGGCUUGUCCGCCUGGUGCUGUGUAGCAUCAUUCUCUCUCUCGGGCCACGGCCCCUUCACCUCCUCCUACAAAGUGGCACUGCUUCAGGAGGCUGUCCCAGCAAAGGAGGCAGCAGAGGAAGGCUCCGGAAGAGACCCUCACCACCAGCUCCUGGUUGACAUGCAAGAGGAGGAGAGCUGUCUUUAGUGGGGUGGGGUGGGGAGAAAGAGCCUGCCCCACUUUUGCUGCAAGAGGCCCAUUACAAUGGGCUGUGCUGGGAUGGCCAGACACAGAAUGAUAGAGUUGGAAGGAACACUGAGAGUUGUCUAGCCCAACCCCCUACAUUGCAGGAAUCUCAG